AUGGAGUCAUUUAGCGCAUCAGACUAUGACUCCGCAAGCGACAGUGAUGACCGAAGCAACUUCUACGUGAAUGACAAUGUCUGCGUGCGGCGCGUCUUUUACGCGGACGCGGAGUCGCCGUUUUCCACAGAUCCGCGUCCGCCUUCGAACGCGGUCAGCGAAUAUGCGGAUUCCUCGUCCGACAUGUCCGAUCGCUCGGACACAGCCACGUGGUGUUCCUGCGGCCUGUGCCGUCCACAAGAACCCGACGAAUAUGGGUGCUGCCGGGAACUGGACGAGGUGACCGCGCUUAUGAACGAAGAACCCUCGGACUGCAUUACGCAGCAUGAGCUGUUUCCUGUCAUGUGUUUGUACAGGAGACAGCUCGAGGUGCGCAGCAGGUUCCUCAGACGUGAGGCCCCCUUGUACAUGGAGCGUAGCGGCGACCGCGACGAUCACAGGUUUUCCACCAAGCAUGGACUCUAA